UGCCCCCGCGACYUUUCAACGARCCAUGAACAUGGCUUUUCAGAAUUUYGUGCGGAAGACGCGUUUGGCGCAGAGCAUCAUCAACUACUGCGUGAUUGUGUACAUGGAUGACAUCUUGGUGUACUCGAGUUCCUACGAGGGACACGUGCAGCACAUCGAAUGGGCACUGCACGCGUUACGAGAUGCAGGUUUCAAAGUGGCGCUUGAGAAAUGUCAGUUUUUUCUCACCACCAUUUUCUUCUUGGGACACGUGGUGACAGAUAAGGGACUCCAAACGGAGCCGCAGAAUGUAGCUGUUGUCAGGGAUGCGUCGGUGCCUACGACUAUCACGCAAGUUCGCGCCUUUCUAGACYUGGCCUCGUACUACCGAAGGUUUAUCAAGGGCUUUGCGGCGAUUGCGGGACCCCUCACAAAUCUGCUGCGCAAAGAUCAACCGUUGAUCUGGACGCCGGAGUGCGAUCAAGCGUUUUCCAAACUCAAGGGCACUCUCAUUUCGGCUCCGGUCCUUAUAAGACCGAAUCCCGAAAAGACUUUUGUUCUCAUCACUGACUGGCAGCCAGAAGCGAUUUCGGUGAUCCUUGCCCAGGUGGGACCAAGCAGACUCGAGAAUGUGGUGGAGUAUGCGUCCAAGUCGGUGCCCGCCUGCAAGCGCAACUACGCCGCUCCAACGGGAGAAUGCUACGCGGCUCUCUGGGGAAUCAGUCAUUUUCGUGCUUAUUUGCAYGGGCGAAAGUUCACCUUGGUAACUGAUCACGAACCCUUGUUGGCUCUGACGAAAUCGAAGGAUUACUCGCGCAUGAUCGGGCGAUGGGCAACGGUGCUGCAGAGCAUGGACUUUGASAUUCGUCAACGGAAGCACGAGAGACACGGGAAUGCGGACGGACUGACACGACUGCACCGGCCCCCGAAAGUUCCRAAGAGUGAGGAGGUGAUUCUAUGGAACGAACCCGAACAGGAGAUCGGACCUCGGUACAGACAAGUGGAGUGGACUGCGUGCUUAGAGGAGCCCAGGGACGAAGAUACGCUGCCAUCGCGACAGGAGUAUCUGAAGYCGUACGAUAUCAUCGCUCACGCCUUCUAUCCGAGGGCGGAGGAAGUAGUGAUCGACGAUGACGACAACGAAGAGGACGAAGACGAAGAAACAUUGGAGGAGGGAAGCUAUAGUGAAUAUUGCGAAGGAGAGCUGAGUGAAGAAGAAGAGGAGGGAGAAGAAGCCGGAUCUGAGUGGGAAGCCUUGCCGGAGGAAGCGACGCGCACAGGAACGGAGGCGGAAGAUUCAGAAGCAGCGCGAAAGCGCGAAGAAAUUGCCACCGGAAAGCGCCAGAUGAAGUUUGCCAGCGGAGCCGGCCUGCGCAUCGGUAACNCAAUCUUGAGUUCGCUACGCGAGUGGACGGAGCAGGUGUCCAACGUGUGGCAGCACGUCCUCGCCCCACCUGGGCAUAACCUCAUUCCUACCUUUGCGCCGGAUCUUGGCGACAUCCGCCGUUCUCCGCGUGAGCGGCCCUGGACUGCGUGCUUAGAGGAGCCCAGGGACGAAGAUACGCUGCCAUCGCGACAGGGGUAUCUGAAGCCGUACGAUAUCAUCCCUCACGCCUUCUAUCCGAGGGCGGAGGAAGUAGUGAUCGACGAUGACGACAACGAAGAGGACGAAGACGAAGAAACAUUGGAGGAGGGAAGCUAUAGUGAAUAUUGCGCAGGAGAGCUGAGUGAAGAAGAAGAGGAGGGAGAAGAAGCCAGAUCUGAGUGGGAAGCCUUGCCGGAGGAAGCGACGCGCACAGGAACGGAGGCGGAAGAUUCAGAAGCAGUGCGAAAGCGCGAAGAAAUUGCCACCGGAAAGCGCCAGAUGAAGUUUGCCAGCGGAGCCGGCCUGCGCAUCGGUAACGAUCCGACCAGAGAUCCGGACCCGCCGAAGCCCGAAGAUGGCGGCCCUGCAGCCUCCACCUCAAGUGCCACGCGACGGAGACGGAGUCGAUCGCCCCCCUCCUCCAGCCCCACGUUUCCCCUUGUUCGCCCACGUACCGAUGCGGGCGAUAGGCCUUUGUCCUCGGACGCUAUCCUGCCGACCCCUUGAUUUUCUCACCCUCGAACAGAUCCACACCCCCGUCACCUUCCCCCCUCAUCCCUUCCUCCCCCAUCU